GUACACGGAAGAGGAGGAGGCGGAGGCUGCAGCCAGUCAGCGAGGUACAAAGAACUGGGCAUUCACCUUUAAAUCCGUCCAUUUAAAAAAAAUACUUCCCACUCUCGGCGCCGGCUCCAAUGGAUCCCAUCUACCUGAGUCCAGAGGCGGACAACGACCAGCGGGCUUAAGCUGACACCCCAGGUUGACAAGUGCUGCAGUUUGACAGAGUCUGGUGGUCGGUGAGACGGUGCUGAUGGGGGACGCGGGAGCUCGGCGCUCCACCCUGGUCUCCAGGCUACCCAUCUUCAGACGGAGCACGUCGAAAAGGCGCGACUCCCUUCCAUCUUCACCGUCGUCUGUUGCCAAUGGAGUCCACACCUCCUCCCCGUCCAGCACCAACUCCAGCUCCAGUAGCGUGGGAAAGCGGAGGAGCAUCUUCCGCACCCCGUCCAUCGGCUUCCACUCCAAGAAGGCCCAAGAGCAUCGGCUGGAGGCCCACAAUUCCAGCCUGAAUCUCCCCAACGGAGUCCAACCUCUGGAUGGUUCGGGUCGAAAGGAGAACACCGACGACAGCUCCAAAACCAAGGCCCGGCAUUCGUUUGGGUUGAGUGUCACUCGGGGCAAAAGGAUCACCCGGUCGGUGACCGAAGACUUCGACAAGGGGAAGGACCUGUCUCACAACAAAAAUGUCUUCAUGAAUUGCAUUAGCUCUGGGAGGUCCAGCAUUGACGAGGGGGAUGACUCUGGUUUCCCAGAUGACCACAGCAAGCGUUCCGUCAAGCACUCCAGCAGAAAACUGCUACCCAAAUCCUUUUCCACACACUACAAGCUCUCGAAGCAUGUUGCACGGAGUCAGUCCAUAACAACAGCAGACCAGCCCAAGGUGUCCCCAGAAGCCAGCUUGGACACGUUAAGGCGGCCUGUCAUCGAAGAGUCGUCAAAGUAUCUGCAGGUUGAGAACACAGAAGGCUCGUUGCAUUCGCCUUUGCUUUCGAGCGACAAUACCACCAUACUAACCCCAUCGGAAUUUGUGCCAAUGUCCGCCGACUCGGUCUCUGAGGCUGAUAAGGAAAUGCUGGUGUCUGCUCACCCUGAUCACAGCAGCUCCGUGAUUGACGCUGCUGCUGCCGCUACCUCCGUGAACUCUCCCAGCCCGGCCGCUCAAAUCUUCACCUAUGCAGAGUGCAGCUUUCAGAAAGAGACAGCACUACUUUCGAGCAUGGAGAUCCUUGAAAUCCAGUCUCGCCAUUCGCAGGCGAUGCCUGAAACUGAAGGAAGUCCGCGGAUGGUUGACUGCUUGGAGUCAAAGGAGAUGUGUGAAGGUGAGCAAGUAGACAACCCCAUCGCCGAGGAGGUUGCUUCUGUUGCACAUGAUCUGUCAUCAACCCAAAAUGGAUUAGAGCUGAUGAACCCGUCCACCGGGAAGACUUAUAUAAGCACUAACUCUGUCCCUAUGAUGAAACACCAAGAGCAAUGCCAUGGAACAUCUCAUUCAACAGUGACAAUGAACAGGAACUUCAGCCCCCGGCACGAGGAGAAGUGGGUGGAGAGGCGCCUGAGGUCAUCCUCGGAGGGAACGUCGGGAAGCCGGAGAAACCACAGUGUCAGAGACGGCCGGCCAGAGGACUUGCCCAGCCUGAAGAAGCAGAGAGCUGGUUCCUCGUCCUCCAAGAUGAAUAGCAUGGAUGUCUUAAAUAAACUGGGAUCGUGUGACUUGGAUGAAGAUGACUUAAUGCUGGACUUGGAGUUCUUGGAAGACCAGCGUCACCAGUGUGAGAAUGUUGCUGCCAAACAUUUUGUGUGCCGGGAAGACUCGAACCACUCCAUUAAAUCAUGCUUGGAAAUUCUACAUGUACCAGCUGAGUUGAAGGUGAAGCUUGAAGGACCAAAACUCCCAGAGGCUCCAAAUGAGUCUCUGUGUACAAAGGAAAGUGAACAUGGGGAGCUUAGACUGGCUCGGAACAACCAUUGGCCUGGUGGGACAUCUUCGGACUGCUCUCUUCUGAGAGAGGAAGAGAGUGUUGGUAGUUUGGACCCCUUGUCCUUGCGAUUGAUGAUGCAGGACUGCACAGCUGUAAAGACGAUGCUUCUCAAGUUAAAGAGGAUUCUGCAGGAGAGUGCAGAGAUGAGUCCUGCCAGCAGCACGCAUUCACUUCCCGUCAGUCCUGUCACCGAGAUGCCCUUUCCUUUCAAGGAUACUAAAGAUGAAAGCUCAGUUCUCAGGCUUCAGCUGAAGGAGAAAGAUGAACUGAUUUUGCAGCUUCAAGAGGAACUUGAUAGUUGUCGAAGUUUGCAAAAGGCACUCUCCUCACAAGCAGACAAGUCCACACAGACGGAGGUCCUCAGUCAUGACGCUUCGUAUCUAAACCGAACUGUGAACCAAACUCUCAACACAAGGGACAGAAGAUCAGUACCUAUACACACAGAGGACCCAUCUAAAUACUCAUCACCCGGACAGGCAGCUGCCUGCGAGAUUAAGUCUUGUCAAGUUUCAAGCACAUUCACUGGACCACACCAGAAACUGCAAGAAGCCGGACGAGGAUUCAAGUCACUCAAUGGCGGGGUGGAAAAUCCUUCAGUUGAACUGACGCAAAACAUUCAGAGCAAUGGAUCGUGCAGGAGUCCCUUGCAGAGUAAAGUCAAGGCUACGGGCAACGCGGAAGAAGUCUCAGACUUGACAAAGAGUCGGAAGGAUAAGCCUCCCCUUCCCAGGCAACAGUCCGUAUUCGUAGGACGUCUUGGACAGCCUCCUCGUGGGCCUCUCUCCUUGCACAUGUACAGUAGAAAGAAUGUUUUCCUUCAGCACAGCCUGUACACCUCUGACCUGCAGGCUCUGGGUCAGAAAGAUGGCUAAAACCAACUGCUGGCCAGAGAUGGAAGUACAAAACUCACAGCUGCUUCUGCCUUUGCAGAACUUCACCCAGGUACAAGGAGGAACGUCCUUCCGAAAACUCACCAAGCCUUUUUGACACUGCUGCUCCCACAUUUUCCAAGAUUUCACAGAUUUUUUUUCAUAACUAUUUCUAUCCAAAAAGAUAAAAGCCAUUUUCCAUAGGAACCUUAAUCUAACUGAGUUGAAGUGAUGAGUGGUAUCUUUCAUUUGGGAGAAAGGGAAAGGGAGCAGAACCAGUUGCAUUGAUCUUUCAAAGAUACAGGACGGGAAUGAUGGCACGGAAGGCCUCUUUCUGUGCUGUAUGAUUCUCUGUGACUGCGCUGGUCAGUGGAAUCUCAUUCCAUGUGCGCUAACGUGGUACUAGUAAGCAGUCCCUGGCUGUAUCAUUUCUUAAAAAAAACAAAAAAAUAGAAAUGAAUGUUUUAAUUAGAUAAAAUGCAUUUGUAUGUGGAAGCUAUUUACUUAUAGACAAAGGAAGCAUGUUAACAAUUAAACCUUGCAUUUUCUGGAUGUGGAGUUUCACAAGAUGGCAUGCUUUGGUGAUGAGAAAUGUCAACUUAUUUUAUUACUAAAUCUUUUGAUUCAACAAGGCAAGAAGGUGUGUCUUUCGUGGAUGGUGAAUGAAAAGAUCGUUUGUCACUCGAAGUGUGCCAGCUUUGUAUGACACAAGGACAUUGAAAGGAGAAGGAACUCCUCUAGUUAAAGCCAUUUCCCCAAAGUCUCAUGUUCCAUUUUCAACCGGGUAACUUUUAUUGGGGACAAGACAAGAAUGAAAGCUAAUUAUGUUUUAUGUCAUGAAAAUGAGGCUGGAAAUGUGUAGGAGUUUUUUUUAAUUGAAUGUUUUGCAGUGCUGAAAAUAACAUUCAUAAGAUAUGGGUAAAACAAGCAUAGAAAUGGUUCAAAAAAAUUGAAUUACCAAGAAAGUAAUAUCCUAUUUUUGUUAAGAUUGCCCUGCUUACAGUUAACAUGUUCUUUUCUAGCCGUUUCAUUCUCUCUCCUGUUUUAUAUCCACUGGAAGUAAAGAAGAACCUUACAAUAUGGUCCAUUAUUAUCCAUCAGUAUCCCAUUGUGGUGGAACUGGGUAGGGAAGCUUGUCUCUGGGACAGAUGGCUGGGGUCGCCUGCUCCCUCGAUUGAGGCCAAUGUACUGUGUUCCGGCAUCCUCCCACACCCCCCACCUGACCUCCCAUCCCUUAAACUUAAUUUAACAUUCUCCCAGGGACCAUCUUCAUUAAUCUAAAAAGAAAAGAGUUAUGGGGAUCUGGCAGGAAAAUGAAUUAAGGUCAAGGUCAGGUCAGCCGUGAUCUUACUGAGUGACAAAGCAGGCUCAAGGGGUCAUGUGGGCUAUUCCUCCUUCCACCUCUUAUGUUCUUGCACUUCAUCCCACAAUCAACUGAGCCCCGAUCUUUCUUCCUCAAGCCUCAUCCAUUCAAGUCCCUUCAGGCCCUUCAGCCCAACUCAUCCAUGCCGACCAAGAUGCCCAUCCGAGCUAGUCCCAUUUGCCCAUGUUUGGCUCAUAUCCCUCUAAACCUCUACUAUCCAUAUACCUGUUCAAAUGUCUUUUAAGCAUUGUAACUGUACCAGGCUCUACAGCUUCCUCUGGCAGCUCGUUCCAUAUGCCACCACCCUCUGUGUGAAAGUUGCCCUUUUAAAUCUCUUCCCCUCACCUUAAACCUUGUUUUAGACUGCCCUACCCUGGGAAAAGGACUAUGACCAUGCACCUUAUCCACGCACCUCAUGAUUUUAGAGACCUAAUAAUUAUAAUGCCAAGCGUCACAUCCACUCAUUUCCAUGCCAAUGCAGAGUCAACAG